GCCGUGGUGCGAAAACAAAGAAAGAAAUCGGUCCUGUAGAUCCAAAAAAAAGUCUUUCCACAUGCUCCAACUCUGCAGCGCGGGAAUCAGGCAUGACCUACGACUAACAAUUGUAUUUAAUACGGGUUUAGGGCUUUACUUACAUAGUGGCGUCGGUAGAAACAAAUUCAUAGAUCAUGACCUUGUAGAAACUUCUAAAUAGAUCAGGGUUUAGGGCAAAGGCGUGUUUCCACGUCAGAGAGGCGUCCACACUGCUCUAUCCUAGUCGUGUGCCAGGCUGCGAACAGAUGUAAGCCCGCUCCUGUCUAUCGAGGGUUAGAGUAAGAGGCUCCGCCAAUCACCACGGUAGAAAGGAAAGGAAAGGUAAAAUCUGAAACGGAUGAAUCUGUAAUGCAAAGGAAACGGAUGAAUCUGUAAUGCAAAUCUGAUGAAGUGUAGUGAAUCUGUAAUGUAAAUCUCAUAGCUUCCUCUCGUCUUCGUCCAGCUCCAGUGCCAGGUCACGAAAUGUCGUGAUUUUCAAACACGUAAACCCAAAGCCAAGAAAAUUCGCGCACUUUCCUGGGCUCCGGUGCAGUUGGUGUGGUGAAUCAAGAGGAUUUUUCGCAUUUGCUUCGGUUUUUGGCGCAAUUUUUCAAACACCCAAACCCUAAAUCAAAAAAACUCGCGCGUGUUCUGGGGUUUAGCGGCAAUUUUGUACACAUCCAAGCCCCAAGCCAAGGAGGCACGCGCACUUCCGUGAGCUUAUUUGUUGCGUUUGCAUUUUUUAGCGCCCCCGCCCGAAGACAGGGCAGCUGUCGCUAUUUUUUGGGGUUUCGACGCAUUCUCCCAAGCUCCUGAACCCGAAGCCAGCGGGCUUCGCGCAUUUUCUUGAAUUUUGCCGCAACCUUUGAAGAACGCCGAAGCCACAACCCAAGAAAGGACGAAGCUGAAGCCCCCCAAGCCAGCACGUUCUCCAUUUUUGUGGGCUCCAGCCCGCGCGUGAGCUCCUUUGUGCGCACAGUAGACAGAUAGAUAGGGCUCGAAAUCUUGGGCCCGCAACCCCCCCGCGCUCCCUUUUUUGGGUUUGCGCUGAAUGGAAAACCGGCGCGGCCCGAUUUUGCCGGGCCCACUUGGAGGCGCGGCAGGUCUCGCGGCGCUAUCCUCCCGGAGCGCCACCUACCGUGGCGCCCUCCAGGCGCGCGGCGAAGUUGAGGGCCUGGGAACUGGGGGCGCCGCUCUUUUUGAUGGCCCGGCCGCCUGCCGGCCCCGCUUGCGAAGCGAACCGCCUGCGCAUUGCAGCAAGUGGCGCAGCGCGCCCGCGCAGCCGCCCAGGAGAUCCAGACAGCGCAGCCCAAGGCCGCGCGGGGCGCUCGCGCUCGCUCUAUCUGCUUGCAUUUAAGUAAUUGCUCGCGCCUGCCGUGAGUCGGUUGCUCAAGCGGAUGACUUUUGAACAUUCUUUCCCCCAAGAAUUUAGUAUUACCAGCAACAGCGCAAAACCAAAACUGCAACUGCAACAAGAAAAAGUAAAAACGGUAAGUAGCGUCGAGUACGUGUACGAGUAACAUCAUCGGUUGAGGACUCUACUACAUUUACAUUCGUUGGUUCUGUUUGAAUUGAAACGUAGAAUGUUGCCCUAGCACCGUCGUAGAAAUAACAGUGUUUCAUCAUCGGUAGAAGUUGUUCUAUAGGAAGAACAUGUAUUUCGGUUUUCGUGGAAGAAAUUUUAUUGUAGCUUCCUUUCCUCGUCUUCGUCCAGCUCCAGUGCCAGGUGACGAAAUGUCGGCCUUGCGUACUGUCGUCCAGUAGAAAACUACGAAAUGUCGUCCUUGCAUGAUAGAUCAAGUCACUCCAUUUUUCGUCCAACACAUUUUUGUACACAAACCAGAGGCAAGAACAUUCUCCGUCUCACAAAGAGAUCGGUGGAAGUGCUGAUUGGUUUUGCUCCUUGACAUUUUGAUUUUUGCUGAAGAUCUUCACACCAAAUCUCUUCUCUUAAAUACCAUCGAACAGGACGAAUGUUAGCCCCAAAACGCAGGUACAACUCCCCCCAUUUUUGACAGUAUCUGAAAAAUCUUAGUUUUUCGUCCUCUUCUCUCCUUUGGUUUUCUCUGUAGUUCUCGACGCGAAGCUUCGCCUUUUUCUUCUUGUUUAGUUGCCUUCUCAUGUAAAACCUAGUGUCAUCUAUUACACCCCGAUCCUGAAGAGCUCCAGCAACAGUUGCCAAUUUUUCCAGCUGGAGCGGGAAGCCGGCAGUAUGAACUUCAGAACCAGCAUGGGAGGACCAUGUCGACCCUCGGCGCGGCAACUCCUUGCCCUAUCCAUCCCGCUAUUUUCCAUGACAAAGACCGGGGUUCUUGUAUUCGCGCAAAAAUCUUCUGUCCCCAACACGCCACACCGUGUCGCAGACCCGGCGAGGUCUUCUACUGUUGCAAGAACCCGCGGCGGAAGUUCUAAGGCGCAGAAACAACAUGGUGGGAAGAUGAAAAACCAAAACGGGAUGAACAACAAAAAACAAGACUUCGCCACGCCGUUUCUGAAGAAGAUUUUGGUGCAAGGGGCCGAGGGGUUUGGGAACCACCCGCAGGACUUUGUUAUCGACCAACUCGACGGGGCGGUGACCACGGAGGAAUCAUCUGCGGAGGUGCAAAGCACGGCCACCUCUACCUCUUCCGAGGACGGAAAUCAAGCUCCUGAGCAAGCAGGGGCUUGGAGCAAGCUCAUGCAGGAGGGCAGUUCGUCGGAUUCCGCUGCAGCUCUUGAGCAGAAGCAGGGUGAGGCGAGCAAAGCCGACGCAGCAGCCUCGAUGAAGAUGGGACCGGAACAGCAAGCAGCUGGAGCUGCUCCUGCAGCCGGUGACAAGUUGCAGUUGGAAGGCGCCGCGGGGGAACAAAAGGACGCGAGUGCGGAGGAUGAAGACUCGGAGAGCGAGGACGAAGAGCAGCCGGAGCAGCAGGACCCCGGAACGCGGCCGCCGGAGAUGCACAGCAUGUACUCCCCCGGCCUGAUGAUGCGCCUGGAGUUUUGGGUGUGAGAAAGACUAAGUGCAUAAGAUGCGAUUUCUUUUUUCAAACUUGUACAUUAGAAAAGUAUAUCAAAAACACGACGACUUGAUUCAACUUUUUUACCGUUAGGCUCUGUCAGACGACCACCCCGAUCAUCUUCCCGUUUAUGAUUUUAUUCAGUUUCACAAACAACCCUACUUUGAUUUUUUGGUUUUUGAAAAGUUAGAAAGACGUACUAGGAAAAAGAAUGGACCUGUCUAGGCUAGACGUUCGUUCCAGAUAUGCGUCACAAUGGAAUGAGUAGAUGAACCCCCGAUCCCGAAGACAAACUCUAAGUCAACAGUUUACUCCCCGUGCUAUUUAUUCGUUUUCACUGGGCCCACUGAUUUUCCGUGAAGGUGACGGCAGGACCUGCCGCCGGUGCUUGCGGUUAUCGUCUCGCAUCAUUCCUGAGAAAGUAAAAAUGUUGUUCAAAACAAAAAUGGAAUCGUCAAUCACUACAAAAAAUAACCUCGUUCGCGACGUCCAUGGUCUUGUCAUUGUCGUGUUUUGGUGGUAAGUAAACUUUCUUUCGUUAUGCAAAUCGUCUUCGCUCUGAAACCACAGCACCUCGUACGAACGUGGAAUACGAAGAUACCUGGAGCCGCCGAUCGACGACGGGGGGGAGUGCUACAAGUCAAGGUGACGAAUGCGAGAUUGCCAGACGGCUCGAAGCACACCGUGUCGCGUACCAUCGACCCUGCCGCCUAUGGCAAUAGCGCUACGCUUGCCCUCGAAGCAGCGAUAGCCCUCAAGACGCAGAUCCUAGUUGACCCGGCCCCGUUUAUCGCAGAUACGAAAUCACGACGGAAACCGAGAAAGAAGAAAGGCGUAGUGGACGAUGUGGUCUGAGUGCAAGUUAGUCUAGAAAAGCAUACUGUAUACAAAAAACACAAAAAAAAAAGAACGCUGUCUAUAUAAAAGCCAAGCGUGUUGCAGCUUGUCUUUUCCCCUUUUUUUUACUUUUUCCUUUUCUCUUUCGACCGAAAUAUUAUAGCAUCGGUCUCGAAGGACGGUGCUGCGAAGUGAGCCAGUUCGAGCGACCACACAUGCUCUCUUUGCACUAUAGCCGUGAGGCCCGACGUUUUUCAUGUUAUUUCUAUUUGUUUAGACCUGUGUAUCGAUUCCGUUUUAGUAGCGUAUCUUGAUCAUCUUGCUCUAGCCUCCAAAGCAGGAAGCAAUGCACCAAACGCCGGCGCUAUGGUUCAUUUUUCUGGUACUUUGUAAGUCCAAACAGCGCGCCUUGUCCCCAUGGUAUGGUGGACAAUCCGCGCUAUCUAAGGCGAGGACUUCAAGGAAUUUGUCUGCAAAAAUCUGGAACUUUACUAUACCAUGCUCCAAGUUUUAAACUAAUACAGCGACUCCCAAGGUUUAAAGUAAGUGAGUUUUAUAGUUUCUCGCAUUUCACAACGAUCUCCAAUUUUCUUUAGUUUAACCAAUGGUCCCCAAGUCUCCUAGUUCUGUUGUCUGCUUAAAAAUGUUUCCAACAGACGCUAAACGCAAACACACUAAUAUUUUACGACCGAAGUUGGAGUUGCGAGUGCGUGGCUUCAGUUUCGAGUCUACCUAUCUGGGCAGAUAGACGCUCAGAAGGUUUUUACUUACACAGAGACGCAGUAGUGGAAAUAGUUUACAGAUCAUUUUUGUAAGAAUGCUGAUACAUAAUUGGUUUAGGGUUCCGGCUUGUGUUCAGGCCUGAGAGGCGACCACACUGCUCCUUCCUAGUCGUGUGCCAGCUCGCGAAAAGAUGUAAACCCGCGUCUGUCUAUCGAGGGAUUGAGUAAGAGGCAACGCCAAUCACCACCUAAUUCCCGUCCACCUAAUUCCCGUCCUAGUGCGGCGAGGGGCGGCAACGGCCGGCUGAGCUGAACAAGCGUGCGGAGACUGCGGCGGGGGAUGGAUGAUCAGGGACUGACUUUUCUAGAUGUUUGUGAUAUUCUUUUGAGGCAGCGAUCAAAGUCACUUAUUGUGGGUUCCGGUGAGAGUAUGAUCGCCUGCCACUGGGCUACUGGCGGGAAAAAAAGCGUUUGUAUUUCUUGUCGGAAGACUUUUCAGCGCAGUCUAUCUGCUCAGCACUGGAGUCCUAGGUUCAUACACCUGGCGGGACUAUUUGUCGCGCGGUGGGCUGUAGCUACUUGCAUCGCGACCAAUAUCCAAGCUUGGGUUCCGGGGGGAAGAUGGUCUUAGUGUAGCUCUCACGUUCAUGUUGAUUUGUCACCCUGCCAUGCGAUACCUCAUCUAAAAAUCAAAAUAAUAACAGGUUGAGGAAGGGUGGCGCGAGGCGUUUGCCACG